AUGAGCCUCUCGAUGGACUUUCAUGUGGAAAACGACUCUGCGGAGGUGUUGAAGUCUAUGAACGAGGGCGGGGCACUGGCUGAUGUACUUGAAAAAUUGAUGAUUGACAUGCUCCCGGUGUGUAUUGACGUGGUUAUUUCUGUCUUCUGGUUCUACUGGAAGUUCAGUUUUCGGGUUUCUUUUGGAAUGGUUAUUGCUUCAACGGUCUAUAUCACUAUUGAAGUCAUGACUGCUCGCUUGAAUGGCGAUGCUUUGCGUCAGGCGAUCAAAGCGGACCGCGAAGAAGAUAGAGUCAUGCAACAGGCGGUGCAGGGCUGGCAGACCGUUUCCUUGUUCGACAUGUUCACCGCGGAGGAGGCUCGAUUUGCCAAGUCAGUCGAAAAGAGUUUGGAAGCCGGCAGAAAAUGGGAGCGAAGCUCUAGGUACUGCAUGGCGGUCAAGGAGAGUGUGCUCCCAAUAUCCUUUUUCGCCCUGUCUUGUCUCAUCUUCCACGAAAUCUCCCAUGAUCGGGCUUCUCAUGGCGACUUCGUUUUCUUCACGCAGUACUGGGCCUGUCUCGUUCCGCCGCUCACAUCAUUAUCGCAGCACUACCGUUGGCUCAUAAAUGACUUGGUGCACGCUGAACGCAUUCUUGGCUUACUCCGUACCAAACCAAGCAUUAUCGAGAGAAAAGAGGCAACAGACUUAACUGAAGUGGCUGGCAACAUCUCCUUCGAGGACGUUUCUUUCUCGUAUGGACCUCGGCGGCCUCUUCUUCGGCACAUCAAUGCAUCAAUCACAGCGAGGGAGACUGUUGCCCUUGUGGGUUUAAGUGGUGCGGGCAAGUCCACUAUCAUCAAACUAUUGCUUCGGCUUUACGAUGUCACGACUGGUAAAAUUCAGAUCGAUGGCAAAGACAUCCGCGGCGUCACGAUCCGGUCUCUGCGCGCUGUUUUUGGAGUCAUCCCGCAGAGGCCUCUAUUUUUCAAUGCGUCGAUCAUGGAUAACGUCCGUUAUGCUCGUCCUUCAGCUACAGAUGAUGAGGUUUUGGAUGUAUGUCGCAUGGCAUCCAUACAUGACAGAAUCACGAAGUUUGCGGACGAAUACUCGACCCAAAUGGGAGAACAAGGGGUGAAGCUCUCUGGGGGCGAGUUGCAACGUCUAGCGAUUGCGCGAGCUCUUCUGAAGAAGGCCCCAAUCUUAGUCCUUGAUGAGGCCACCAGUGCAAUUGACGCCGAGACCGAGAUUGCAAUCCAAGCGUUCUUGAGAGCUAUACGGACACAAAAGACCAUCAUAAUCAUCGCCCAUCGUCUGUCUACCAUUAGGGACGCGGACAAGAUUCUGGUGGUCAAUGAAGGCCAAAUCACAGAGAGCGGGACACAUCAGGAAUUACUAGCGCGGGAUGGCAAAUACCGCUCCCUGUGGAUGGCCCAAGGGGGUAAACUGAAGGAGCUGUAG